AUGGCGAACGCAGAGGUGGAGGCGGUGGACUUUGAGCCCGAGGAUGACGAUCUCAUGGACGAGGACGGUGCGGUGGACGUCGAUGCUUCGCCUAAGGCUCCUAUCCCAAAGCUCAAGUCCGCUAUCACCGGCGGUUCUUCUUCCGCCCCUAAAAAAAUCAAAGGCCGAGGAUUCCGCGAAGCUGCUGCUGAUUCCGACCGCAACGCCCGCAUGUCCGGCCGAUUCGAUUCUCUCUACUCGGAUGGAGGGCCUGGCCCCGAACGAUGUCGUCAGGCAGUGGUCCGCAGAGUCGCAAGCACUUCCUCCGGAAAAGAGAGAUUCUGGGGAGAGGACAGAGAUAGAGAGAGAGAAAUAAUGGCGAACGCAGAGGUGGAGGCGGUGGACUUUGAGCCCGAGGAUGACGAUCUCAUGGACGAGGACGGUGCGGUGGACGUCGAUGCUUCGCCUAAGGCUCCUAUCCCAAAGCUCAAGUCCGCUAUCACCGGCGGUUCUUCUUCCGCCCCUAAAAAAAUCAAAGGCCGAGGAUUCCGCGAAGCUGCUGCUGAUUCCGACCGCAACGCCCGCAUGUCCGGCCGAUUCGAUUCUCUCUACUCGGAUGGAGGGCCUGGCCCCGAACGAUGUCGGUCAAUAAUAGAUAGCAUAAUUAUAGGAAUUAAUGAGGCUCCUUUGAACCUUAUAAGGGGAGCUGUAGAAGGGAACACAAUUCUUCUCUGUGCACCAAUGGUCAUGGUGGAUGGAAAUAGGGGUCAAGAAGCUAAGCGCUUGGAAGAUACUGUCUGUCAACUGAAGGAUAGUUCUGACAAGCAAGCUACUGCUCUCGACAAACAAGUUGCGGCAAUAACUGGUUUGGCCAACCUUGUGGUUGCUAUGAAUCUCAAAUAUGAUCAGCUUCAUGGUCAUUUAUCAAGGAGGACUGAACGCACUUAUCAGUCAAGCUCUGUGCUGCCAAGGUUCGAGGCUGUUUUGACCAAAUAUGCUAGGUAG